AUUCUUACAACAAUCUUCAUUUCCGCCUUUUUUUUCUCUCUCUAGAUUUCACUUUCACUUUUCUCUUUCUUCCAUCUCCGGCGAUCCAUCUCCGGCGAUUCCAUCUCCGGCGACGUCGCCGUUCAUCUCUCCGUCUCUGUUAGCUCCGAUCAAAACGAGCUCCACAUUCUCACUCAUUUCAACAGCUCGUUCCGUCUGCAGUCGGUUUCCGAAGCCUCAGGUUAAUCGUUGCUUUGAGUUUGUCAAGGGAUCUUAGAACCCUAGGUUUUGUUUGUUUCUUCUUUUCAUCAGAAAAGUAAGAUGCAGAGGCCUCCGGCUGAGGAUUUCUCUUUGAAGGAGACCAAUCCACAUCUAGGAGGUGGAAAAUUCUCCGGUGAAAAGCUGACAAGCACCUAUGACUUAGUUGAGCAGAUGCAAUAUCUCUAUGUUCGUGUUGUUAAGGCCAGGGAUUUACCAAGUAAGGAUGUAACCGGUAGUUGUGAUCCCUAUGUUGAAAUUAAGCUUGGAAAUUACAAAGGUACAACUCGUCAUUUCGAGAAGAAAAACAAUCCUGAAUGGAAUCAGGUCUUUGCAUUCUCGAAAGAUCGUCUUCAAGCUUCAAUUCUCGAAGUAAUUGUUAAGGAUAAGGAUUUCGUGAAGGAUGAUUUUAUGGGAAGAGUUUGGUUCGAUCUCAAUGAGGUCCCGAAGAGAAUACAGCCUGAUAGUCCUUUGGCACCACAGUGGUAUAGGAUAGAAGAUAAGAACGGUAGUAAGUUUAAAGGGGAGAUUAUGUUAGCUGUUUGGAUGGGAAAUCAAGCUGAUGAGGCAUUUCCCGAAGCUUGGCAUUCGGAUGCUGCAGCCAUUAGUGGCGUUGAUGGACUUGCGAAUAUCCGAUCCAAAGUUUACCUUUCUCCUAAACUAUGGUAUCUUAGGGUUAACGUAAUCGAGGCUCAGGAUUUAAUCCCUGGCGAUAAAACUAGAUUUCCCGAAGUUUUUGUUAAAGUCAUUCUCGGGAAUCAAGCUUUAAGAACUAGGAUUUCGACCAGCAAGACUAUAAACCCAAUGUGGAACGAGGAUUUGAUGUUUGUAGUUGCUGAGCCUUUCGAAGAACCUUUGGUUUUAAGUGUCGAAGAUAGGAUCGCACCAAACAAGGAAGACAUCUUGGGGAGAUGCGCGAUCCCUCUUCAGUAUGUUGACAGGCGUUUGGAUAACAAAGCCGUGAACUCAAAAUGGUAUACUAUCGAGAAGCAUGUUGUUAUUACGGAGGGUGACAAGAAGAAGGAGGUGAAAUUCUCGAGCAGGUUACAUAUGAGAAUCUGCUUGGAAGGUGGUUAUCAUGUCUUGGACGAAUCGACCCAUUAUAGUAGCGAUCUAAGGGCUACUGCCAAACAGUUAUGGAAGUCAAACAUUGGAGUUCUCGAAUUGGGUAUUUUAAGUGCGGUCGGUCUGUCUCCCAUGAAGACGAAGGAUGGACGUCCGACUACAGACGCUUAUUGUGUUGCGAAAUACGGGCAGAAGUGGAUUCGAACGAGGACGAUCAUUGACAACUUCACGCCUAGAUGGAACGAGCAGUAUACGUGGGAGGUUUUUGAUCCGUGCACGGUUUUAACUAUAGGCGUUUUCGACAACUGUCACAUUCAAGGUGGAGGAGAUAAAAACGGAACUCCGAGGGAUUCGAGGAUCGGAAAGGUGAGAAUUCGUCUUUCCACGUUGGAAACCGAUCGGGUCUACACUCAUUCGUAUCCGCUCCUGGUUUUGCAUCCGUCGGGUGUGAAGAAAAUGGGCGAGAUUCAGUUGGCGAUGCGGUUUACUUGUGCGUCUCUACUGAACAUGAUGCAUAUGUACUCAAUGCCGUUGCUACCGAAAAUGCAUUAUCUUCAUCCGUUGACUAUUAGUCAACUGGAUAACUUGAGGCAUCAGGCGACUCAGAUCGUCUCGAUGAGGCUGAGUCGAGCCGAGCCUCCUCUGAGGAAAGAGGUGGUUGAGUACAUGCUGGAUGUUGGUUCCCACAUGUGGAGCAUGAGGAGGAGUAAGGCAAACUUUUUCCGCAUUAUGGGUGUGUUAAGCGGGAUAGUUGCGGUUGGGAAAUGGUUCGAUCAGAUAUGUAAUUGGAAGAACCCGAUUACAUCGGUUUUGAUUCAUAUUCUGUUUACUAUACUAGCUCUUUACCCGGAGCUGAUUUUGCCGACGAUUUUUCUUUACCUUUUCUUGAUCGGAAUUUGGUACUAUAGGUGGAGGCCGAGACAUCCUCCUCACAUGGACACGCGUUUGUCUUGCGCUGAUAACGCCUAUCCGGACGAGCUGGACGAGGAAUUCGAUACGUUUCCGACUUCUCGUCCGAAUGAUAUUGCGCGGAUGAGGUAUGAUCGGUUGAGGAGUAUAGCUGGGAGGAUUCAGACGGUUGUUGGUGAUAUGGCUACACAAGGGGAGAGGUUUCAGUCGUUGCUGAGCUGGCGUGACCCGAGAGCCACAUCGUUGUUUGUUAUGUUCUGUUUGCUUGCAGCUGUGGUGCUGUACGUGACGCCUUUUCAGGUGGUGGCGCUGCUUUCGGGUUUUUAUGUGUUGAGACACCCGAGGUUUCGUCACAGGCUUCCUAGUGUUCCGAUAAAUUUCUUCAGGAGGUUGCCCGCCCGAAACGACUGUAUGCUGUGAGAGGUAUGGUAUGGCUUUCUUUUCGUGUUUUGGUUUUGGAUAUGGUUUUAAAAAGAGAAUGUAGACUCAUAUAACUUGUGUUGUUUUUCACCUUGUGGGGAUUGUUUUAUUUGUUUAAUUUUUAUUUUGUAAUGGGAGGUAGUAUGGUUAUGACUUAUGAUGUUUAAUUGUAGACCCUUUGUGGUAAAUUAGUACCCUCUUAUAGUUGGAAUGAAA